UUUGUUAUGGGCGUGGCUAUAGUCCUACGCGUCAACAUGGCGGCCAGCUCUGCCGCUGUGGAGAUGUUAGGCUGCUGCAGAAGACGUCCUUUCCCUCUCUCCUUCUCUUCUUUCUCCGCUUCUUCCACUCAAUCUGGCUCUUUCAUGUGGAGGGCUCCUCCUCUGCUGACUCGUGGAUGUAUUAGACUAAUCUCCACAGAGAGCAGAGACAGUGAACAAACUGAGAUCCAAACCCAGACUUCUCACAGCAUAGCCCCACUUGUCAAGAGGCUUUUCGAGUUCCAGAGACCAGGAAGACACCAUGAAACUAAUCUCAAUCAGUUGGAAAGGCUCCGUCAACUGGUUCUUAAUUUGGAGACGAAUAAUUCAAAAGAGACAGCACUGGAAACCCUUCAGUCAGGCAUAGUUCCCUCUCUCCUCCGUCUGAAGGAGAUGGCACCUCAUGAAGUACGUAAGCAAGCGAACAUGGCUCUCUCUCUCCUGGGGUAUACUCCACCAUACAAAGGGAAAGGAUUGAAGAUACUAGCAAUCGAUGGAGGGGGGACAAGGGGAUUGAUUCCAAUAAUUAUUCUGCAACAAUUGGAGCAAGUCUCUGGUAUCAAAGUCCACGAAAUGUUUGAUUAUGUGUCAGGGACCAGCACUGGAACACUGAUAUUGACUCUAGUCUUCUUAGAGAAAGUAUCAAUCCAAGAAGCUGAGGUCUUCUAUCGGGAAUUGAGCUCCAAAAUAUUCAAAAUGAACAACCUCCUUGGGAUUGGGCAGCUCUUCCUUACCCAGUCAUUCUAUUCCUCCUCUGAUCUCGAGAAACAGGUGAGGAAAUUCAGCGUGACAGGGAGAAAACUGUACGAGACGUCGUGCGACCCGACAAUGCCAAAAAUGUCAUUUCUAUCAACGCUGGUAAACCAACCCGUCAUCGAGCCCUUCCUGUUCACUAACUAUCAUCAUCAUCCUCUCACUUCGUCUCACUAUCUCUCCAGCUCUAACACUCCAAUAUGGCAGUCGAUAAUGGCAAGCACUGCAGCCCCGGGCUAUUUUGAAGAAGUUAAAAUCGGCCCAUACAUAUACCAGGAUGGCGGUAUUCUCACUAAUAACCCAGCUGCAGUAGCACUGCAUGAGGCCCGUCACUUGUGGGGCUGUGAUGUCCCUGUCCAGACACUCAUAUCUCUUGGGACCGGACAGUUUGAGUACGACAGGAAUAACCCGGUCAGUCCGGUUUCAAGCAACAUCAGCUUGAGGGAAAAACUAACGAAAAUUGUAGCAAGUGCAACCGAUACGGAAGCCGUUCAUACAAUUCUAAAAGACCUUCUUCCUCAGUCUUCGUACUUUCGUUUCAAUCCUCACCUAACGGAGCAGAUCAAUCUUGACAACUGCAAUCCGGAGCAGUUACAGAAAAUUGUCGACGAUACCAAAAGAUAUCUUGAGAACAACGAGUCCCUCUUGAAUGAAGCAGCUGCCAGUUUGACGAAACAAAAAUCUUUCCAACAAAAGUUGUUCGAGAGAUACAAGUGUCGCAAGACUGCAUGGCCAAACAGAUAGGCCAUUUAAUAGUUAUUUAAUAUCAUUGUCACAGCAAUAAUAAUAGUUACUUCAUUUUUAUUUUCCUAUUUUGUAUUAUCAUCUUGAGUUGAUAGCAAAAUUAUUUAUUUUGUACCAUUAUAAUUAUCUAUUUACAUUAAAUUAUUUUUUAAUAAUAAUAACAGGAGGAAUAUCAUUUUUGUCAUGAUAAAGAUUCCUUGGCUUGUCAUCAUUAAUAUUAUUAUUAUUAUCAGUGGUGAACAAUAAAGAAUGAAAA